UUCUCGGCUUGUUUUUGUGUCACAGUUUCUCUUCUCCUGCGCCUCUUCUGCUUCGUUCCUUUCUUCCUGCCCGUCCCCUCCUCCCGCUGCAGGAGGAGCCCCUCGGGGACAGGAGGAGGAAAAGGACCCCUCAGAGAAGAGAGAGAAGAGAGGAGGAGGAGGAAAAGGGAGCAACCAGCCAACCAACCAUCUUCCACUCCCAGCUUAGAUUAAAGAAAGUGAGAGGAGGAGGAGGAGAGAGGAGCCAAGAAGAGGGGGACAGGGAGGCCCAGAGGAGCAGCUGCACCACCUUCUCCCUAUGAAGAGGAGUCCUUUCCCCUCAAAGAGAGGUCCUGCCAGGGGGACCCCGGCCAGACAUCAGCAGCAACAUCACCACCACCAGCAGGGGUGGAUGCAGAGCUGAAGACAAUACUUGUUUUCUGAAACUAUAACUGUGUAAAGAAGAGACCUUUUCCUUUGCUCUGAAGUAAGCAUUGAAGGUGGUGGGGAUCUAAUAACCUCGACAGCUCAAGAGAGUGGAGAAGUUAGAGAAUGGAGUUGCAGACUCUGCAGGAGGCUUUAAAAGUGGAAAUACAAGUUCACCAGAAACUGGUUGCCCAAAUGAAACAGGAUCCACAGAAUGCUGAUUUAAAGAAGCAGCUUCAUGAACUUCAAGCCAAAAUCACAGCUUUGAGUGAGAAACAGAAAAGAGUGGUUGAACAGUUGCGGAAGAAUCUUAUGGUAAAGCAGGAACAGCCAGACAGUAAGUUUCAAAUACAGCCAUUGGCAGAAAAUAAAAUACAAACACCACAGUCACUACAGCUACAGCAGCAGCAGACUACUACACCCUCUCCAAACCUGAUUGGAUCACAGAAGACUGUGACUACAGCGUCUAUGAUCACCACUAAGACACUACCUCUAGUUCUAAAAGCAGCAACAGCAACCAUGCCUGCCUCUGUUGUGGGUCAAAGGCCUACAAUUGCCAUGGUGACUGCCAUCAACAGCAGCCAGAAAACUGUCCUUAGCACGGAUGCACAGAACACACCGGUCAACCUCCAGACAACAAAUAAAGUCACUGGUCCAGGAACAGAGGCAGUCCAAAUAGUGGCAAAAAACACAGUCACGUUGCAGGUUCAAGCUACACCUCCUCAGCCCAUCAAAGUGCCACAGUUUAUCCCUCCUCCUAGACUCACACCUCGUCCAAAUUUCCUUCCACAGGUUCGACCUAAACCAGUUGCCCAGAAUAACAUUCCUAUAGCCCCAGCCCCACCUCCUCCUAUGCUCGCUGCUCCCCAACUGAUUCAGAGGCCUGUGAUGUUGACAACAAAGUUCACACCCACCUCCUUACCUUCCUCACAGAACUCCAUACACCCAGUCCGUGUUGUGAAUGGGCAAACAGCAACCAUAGCCAAAACUUUCCCAAUGGCACAACUCACCAGCAUUGUUAUAGCAGCCCCAGGUACCAGGCUUGCUGGUCCUCAGACUCUACAGAUCAGCAAACCAAAUGUUGAGAAACAGAAUAUCAAGCCCCAAGCAGAAGCAGAAGAGAAACCAACAGAGAUUCAUACAGUUACCCCUCCUGCACCACCCAAGCCAAAACGAGAAGAAAAUCCACAGAAACUUGCCUUCAUGGUGUCUCUUGGAUUGGUUACACAUGACCAUCUAGAAGAAAUACAAAGUAAGAGACAAGAGAGGAAACGAAGAACAACAGCAAAUCCAGUGUACAGUGGAGCUGUUUUUGAACCUGAGCGCAAGAAAAGUGCAGUCACAUAUCUGAAUAGCACAAUGCAUCCUGGGACACGCAAACGAGGUCGUCCUCCUAAAUACAACACGGUGCUGGGGUUUGGGGCUCUGACCCCCACAUCCCCUUUAUCCAGUCAUCCUGACUCCCCAGAAAAUGAAAAGACAGAGACCACAUUUACAUUCCCUGCAACUGUUCAGCCUGUGUCCCUGCCCAGCCCCAGCUCCACAGACGGUGAUAUCCAUGAAGAUUUUUGCAGCGUUUGCAGGAAAAGUGGGCAGUUACUGAUGUGUGACACGUGUUCACGUGUGUAUCAUCUGGACUGUCUGGACCCACCUUUGAAAACUAUUCCCAAGGGCAUGUGGAUCUGUCCCAAAUGUCAAGACCAGAUGCUAAAGAAGGAAGAAGCAAUUCCGUGGCCAGGGACUUUAGCAAUUGUUCAUUCAUAUAUUGCAUACAAAGCAGCAAAAGAAGAAGAAAAACAGAAAUUACUGAAAUGGAGUUCAGAUUUAAAACAGGAACGGGAACAGCUAGAACAGAAGGUCAAACAACUCAGCAAUUCUAUAACAAAAUGUAUGGAAAUGAAGAACACUAUCCUGGCAAAACAGAAGGAAAUGCACAGUUCGUUGGAGAAGGUAAAACAGUUAAUCCGCCUCAUCCAGGGCAUCAACCUUUCAAAACCAAUAAACUCCGAGGGCAGUUCAUUAGCCAUCUCCAAUGGCAUGGACUCUGCUAAUAAUGCGAAUGCUGCCACCUCCACCCCCACCUCUUCCCCCUCCCAGAGCUGCAUGGUGAACUGUAACAAGGCUGAGGAGACAAAAUAACAUAGCACAGUAAGAAGGAGCCAGGGGGAAGGCGGCAAGGAGACAGAGCAAAACAAUAAAACUCUCUAGAAAAGCGAAGCUGGAUUUCUUCUGGAAAGUACAGAACUCUUUUGUUCCAGAAAGAGAGUGAAGAUGCUUGUGCCAGGCGGCACCAGAGUUGCCAAUUGAUCCUCCUUAUUCUGUGUGUACGUGCAAAGUUUGGACCAUGUUACAUGAAUAGUGCCAGCUGGAGGUUCUUAGCCAGCACCAUGCCAAGUUAAAUAAUAUAUUUACUCUCUCUAUAUUUUACACCAGUGUGUGCCUGCAGCAGCCUCCACAGCCACUAUAGGUUUGUUUUAUUUUUAUUUGGGGGUGGGGAGCAGGGAGGAGGAGCAGGUUUCAUAUCCUAUCUGCAGACCAGUUUGUUUAGCUAGGGAAAUGUCAAGUCCAAAGAGCCUGUGGGCUUUUCCUGUUUCUAAAUUAUCCAUACUACUAAACCAAAAAUCCAGAAAUAUGAAUGAACAAGUCCUAGUGUCCUGAGGGAUGGGCGGGACCAGCCUAUCAAAAUAAGCAGUAUUCACUAUUGGUUAGAUGGGAGACAAAAAAAAAAAGGAAUGAGGAAGACUUUUUUCACUAAGAAUUCAGCACAUUUAGGCUAGGAUUGCUUGACUGGAAGCUGUUAGGUUAUCCUGUUUUUUCAAAUCAAUAAAUUAAAUGCAUUGCUGAUUUGGUCAUCAAGGUGAUUCGGGAAGCCUUCACUGAAAAAAGGGGGAGGGACUAAUGUGACCAGGGUGGGUAUCUGGAAGAAUGUGCCAUGACUGAAAAGAAAAUCCUAACCUUGUUUUAUACAUCGAUCAAGCAAACAUAAUAUCCCUAACAAUGCAGCAUAUGUCCCAAACAUCAAACCCAAGCAGAUAAAUGCCUGUUUCCUUCGUUUCCUUUCUCUUUGGGUUACAAAUGUAAGGAAUAGAAAAGCUGUUUUUUCAGGCUGACAGUCCAAUUAAAGAGGUAGAUGGGACCUUGCAUGGUAUAGAUUAGAAGUAAUAGUGUCAGUGAGAUACAGUGAGUCUUUGUGAGUCCGUGUGUCAUCGUUUUGGGCACUGUUUUUUAUGCAAGGGCAAAAUCUUUGUAUCUGGGGGAAAAACAACUUUUUUUAAAUUAAAAAAAAGAUAUUGAGGUCUUCCUAGUGUUACUUAAAAUAAGAUCAAGGUAAGAAACAUUGUAAAAAUUACAAAAGUGCUAUUUGUUUCCUAAACAAGUGAUUUCUAUUAAAAAGGUGUCAGAA